AUGCGCCUGGAGAGCCACUCCUCGGUCGCGACAGUUGCACACGACGCCCAACUGCGCCCUGUACCUCGUCUAAGGACUUGUGGCUGCCGUGGAUUCUUCCCAGAACUUGAUCUCCACCCCAAGGGUCAGGAAGCUAUGGACCAUCAGGUGAAGGGUGGUGGUAAUUCACCAGUUUUCCAGAGUGAUAUGCUGUGCUUCACCACCGACGCUCGAAUGGAGAAGCUUUCACAGCUAGAAUCGUCAGGUCAUGCGAUUGAAGCUGUAUUCUGGCUGAAGGACCUUAUGACUCAGUGGCGCAUUAAGGGCACAGCAUAUGCAAUCGGAGACCCCAAGCGAGAAAAUGAACGGCAAGAAGAAGCAUCGUCACGGCACCCAGCGAACCUGGUCGCAGAUCUUAGUGAUCCAGUUGCUAGAGCGAACUUCCGUGUGGUUGUUAUAAAGCCGGAAAAGGUUGAACGUCUAGACCUAACCUAUCAGGAAGAUGGCAAGAGAUGGAGUUGGAAGUUGACGGGAGGUAGCUGUGAUGAGGAUGCUGAAUGGAACCAGACGGAAGUGUAG